CAUGUAGUGAAUGUCAGCUCCGCAGAACUCCAGGAGAGAGUUCUGCAGCUCCGCCGGUUCUGGUCCUGACCGUCUGAACUUUGAGUUCCUCCCCGGCUGUGAUGCACAUUCCGGGAUUUGCAUACAGAGGAGCGGCGCGCCUCCCUCUCUGGGCUGUUCUCUCUGUGCGGUGCGCACAAGUUUUUCCAGCAGAGGAAAGGAAACAGUCCGGUUCGGAUCAACCCCCAAGAAGAACUCCGGACAGAACCUGCGGAUCCCGGCCCAACUUCUCCCGGCGUCCCUCCCUCACGCACACGCACGCGGGUCCGACAUGUCGCUUCAGACGAGCGAGAAGACGACGCGGACCUUCCGGACGGUGGACCUGCGCUCCUCGGAACCGGUCACCACCACCAUGACUUUGGGUCGAGCUCCCGCCAAGACGCAGACGGUGCAGGCGAUGCCGUACGCGCUGAACGGCUCCUACGACUCGGUGCGCUACCUGGUGCCGAUGCAGCAGUCGGUGCCGCAGCAGUCCUUCAUGGUCAUGCAGCAGCAGCCGGUCAUGCAGUCCGUCAUGCAGCAGCAGCCGGUCAUGCAGUCCGUCAUGCAGCCGGUCAUGCAGCCGGUCAUGCAGCCGAUGGUGCAGCAGUCCGUCAUGCGGCCCAUGGUGCAGCCCAUGUACGUGCAGACCCUCCCGCGCGUCCGGACCGCCACCCAGGAGUCCGACCUGCUGGUCCAGAAGAGCACAGUAGAGACCAGCAGCAGGAAGUCCUCAUCUUCUCAAGUGUUCAGCCAGUCGUCCAGUCCCACCAAGAGUCCUGCGCUGAGCUAUGAGGAGGAGGACGAAGUCCUACAGGAGGAGCUGGAGGAGGAGGUGGAGGAGGAGGAUGGAGAGGAGGUGGAGAUCGAAGAGGUGGAGAUCGUGAACGUGGUGCAGGCUCCGCCGCAGCUGACGAAGAGGUUCUCCAGGCUGGACCUGAGCUCGCAGGUGCUGGAGAUGCCCGAGCCCACCAAGCUGGACACGCGCUACUUCGGAGAGCUGCUGGCCGACGUCUACCGGAAGAACUGCGACAUCCACUCCUGCAUCUCCGACCACGUCUCCAGGAUCCGCGGACAGAAACACCAGCUGGAUCCCAGCAACGACUACAAGGUGGAGAAAGAGGAGGUGGAAGGUUUGAUUCCCAAAGGAGCAACAGAACUCACCAAACAGCAAAUGCGAUACCUGCUUCAGACCCGCCUCACCGCCGAUAAGAGCAUGCGUCUGCUGCUGUCCACCUUCAGCAGCCUGCGGGAGGAGCUCAUGCAGAUGUCGGAGGACCUGCGGCGUCUGGAGAGCGAGAAGGAGUCUCUGGAGAGGGAUCUGAACUUCAAGGCGGAUCAGGCGCGGCAGUAUGACUGCCUCCUGGAGGCCGUCCGGGAGAACAACAGGCAGCUUCAGGUGUCCCUGAAGGAAGCCCACGCCACCCAGCGCUCUCUGGAGAGUCAGAUCAUGAACAGCCGCAGCUCCGACUCCAACCGCGAGUUCAGGAUCAAGGAGCUGGAAGGACGGCUGAGGGCCAUGGAGAAGGAGAGCGAGAUGCUUCGGCAGAAGAUCGCCGGCCAGGGCAGCAGCACGCUGCACAUAAAGACGGAGGAGCUGUCGCGGCAGUACAAGGAGCAGCUGGACGCCAUGAGGCACGAGAAGGAUCAGGAGAUCCAGAGGCUCAGGACCCAGAUAACGAAGAUCCAGACGGAGGUCACCACCACCACCAGCAGCUCGUCCUCCUCGGAGAGGAACCUCCAGCUGAAGAUCUCAGAGCUGCUCAGCAUGUUGGAGCAGCGGCAGACCACCAUCACGCACCAGGAGGAGGAGAUCAGGAAGCUCAGACAGGAGAAGAACGACAGCUCCAAGAACGUCACCAAGACCAUCAUCACCAAGAGGUACAGGAACCAGUACCCCAUGCUGGGUCUGCUCAGCGAUGAUUACCAGGUCACCUCGCCGGUCAAAGAAGCGAAGACCAUCGUCAUCGAGAGAACUGGAGAGAUGAUCAAACAGGAAAUCAUUACAACCCCUUAAAGACACACUGCUUCUCUCCGACAGGAAUGAUGGAUCGACGAGGAGAGGCCGACGCCCCCCGCCCCGCAUGCUCUUCCCCCUCCCCUCAGGGUCUCUGGGUUGGUGGUGGUGGUUAUAAUCCCCUUAAUCCUCCCGCCCUUUGAUUGGGAUCUCUGCUUAAAUGAAGUUUGUCGUGUGGUGGAUAUUUUUGUGUUUUUACUGACCCUGCAGAUCCCAGAACGGAGGAUUCUGCUCGUCCACAUAGGAGUAAAAACAAUCAUGACCUCAAUCAUGAACUCAUCUCAGAAGUUUUGUGGAAUCUCUGACAUCUGCUCAUCCUCAGACAGAAGCAUCACUAACCUCGUGCGUAAAUCUGAUGUUGUGGUUCCACAUCCGGCUGCUAAUAAACAGUCCAAAGACGCUUUGUCUCGGCGUGGAUGAUGUUUCUCCUUUAGGUCAAAGCGUUCAGAGGAGUUCAUGCUAGCGGUGUGCCUUGGUAAGAACCUGGCGACACGAUACUGACUUGAUUUAUGUCAGGUUUCUUAUUUCUGAUUUUACUGAAAUUAAAUCAAAUCCGGUUGAGUUUCUGAUCAUGAUUCUAGAGACAGAGUGAGCUUCUGUGACUCACAAAGAUCCUCUAACAAAGCUCCAGUACAUUAUAACUUAAAUCAAUUCCCUUCCAAAUUUGCCAACUCUUGACCCUAAAUGAGACCGUAUUGUGAGUCAGACUCCUCGAUCCUGGUGAGGUUUGGGUUUCUUGAAGACCCACUCAGAUAAAAUGGUUUUUUAACGUCUUCUUGUGGCAUUUUUCUGAUAAUGGACGACAUUUAUCAAGAAAAUGAGGCUUAAAAUUACAUUUCUGAAUAUUUCUCUUCAGUCAAAUUCCUGUGAAUCAGAAGAAAACUGAGCUUAAAAGGAAUGUAUUUGUGAUGUAGAAAAUACACCAGGCGGGCCUCAAGCUCCCUGAGCCAGUGGCCCCGCCCACAACUCACAGGUGAAUUUCUAAUGCCGCUCUGCAGAAACGUUGUCCCAGAAAAAGACACAAGUCUUUAGAUUUAAGCUAAAAACAGAUUAAUCCUAAUAAAACAACACUGGAAACAGUUUGAAAACAGAUCCGAAGAUGAUCGCAGUCAUCUUUAGUUUUACCUUCAUCGGGUUUUUCUAGCUCCUACAUUUUUAUUUUGUCAACAGGAAAGAUACAAUAAAGUUUAUUGAGUACCCAAAACACAUCAACACACUGGAACAUUCCUCCUCCAGAGGGUUGAGGUGAGAUUGACCUGAACCCCACCACGCCCACGCCCGCCCCGGGGACGAGGAAGUGCAUGCCUCUCCAUCCCCCUCCUGCAUGUAUAUAUGGAUGUAUAUUUGUUCGGUGGGCGGAGAACGCUCCGACUGCACAGUCGUGUUUUUCUGGUUGGUUUGUGUAACAGAAGGUGUACGGCGAGGUGGGAGGUGCAUGGGGAGCUCUGAUGUGAUUGAAUGUGAAGUUGGUCUGUAGCGACACCGUGUGGCUGUGGAGGGAAGGGCACGAGAGAAGGGCCUGAAUCUGUGGAAAUGUUUAAUGCUUUUGGGGGAAUUAUGCAGGUGGAAGAAAUGUUUAAAAAUCUGUCCUUUUUUUUUUUUAGAUUUUUCUGUUGAUGUUUUACUGAAUGUUUGUGUCCACUGGAUUAUAGUCCACAGUUGUAGAUAUGAAAGCACAAGCUGAGCUAAUCUCUGAAUCUCUGAUGAUGAAUCAGAACAUUUUGGUCAGAGUGAGAACUCCUCAGUCACGCUGGAGAAUAAUCCACUGGACACAAACCAUGUUUGUUUGAGGAGAAGUCAUCAGCGCCUUCAUCGUGUCUGUUAGAGACUAAUAUUGACUUUUAUAACUGUAAUCACUGGAAAAUCGUCUCUUUUUUCACUCUGGCAGGAAAAACACAUUUUAAUAGCUGUUAUGAGCUUAUUUUAGUAUGUUUGUAUCAGUUCUCUUUAACUUCCCAAGAACAUGUUUGAUCUUUUCCAGGCUGAGAAUCAUUUUACAGUGAAAUGUUGCAGAUUAAAAUGUGAUUAAAUUUAGUAAUAUAUCUUU